AUGCCCGUCGACACCGCGGUCGACACCGCGGGUGGCGGCGCCGUCGCCGCGGAGGACGGCGGCGGCGGCGAGAGCGGCGUGGCGGCGGCGGGCGACCACAGCGCCACCGCAGGCCCUCGGGCUGAGAAGCCCCGCUUCCAGAAGGACGAGCAUGUCGUCUACGCGAGUGAACACCCGGAUGCGGACGCCGUCGUGCUUGAGGGUACCCACUACUACACGAUCAUGCUGGAGGGCGCCGCCGGCGAGCGCCAGGGGGACCCCACGACAGUGCGGAAGCUGCUGCUGUCGGUACACAGAGCCGGCUUCUCAUCGGAUGCGCCUAUGAACGAUACGCGCGACCUCAGCGAUUUCAUCCACGGGGUCCGAACCAACGCGGGGGGAUGCGAUGGAUUUCUACUGGGUGUCGCCGACCUCUUCGGCGUCCCGAUUAUCGUCGACUCCAUCAAGUUCGACUCGGACGAGCGGUGCAUGGCGCAGAUCACGUGGCCGACGGCGGCGGCGACGCCACAACACGUGCUCCACCUCUUCCUCCAGCACGACAAGCACUGCGUCGCCAUCGCCAGGGUGGCCGCUGCUGCUGACGGGCUGGGCAAUCGGCACCUCAGACCGAAGGGGAACGCACCGCCGCCCCCGGCCAACGCGCCACCGGCCGCUGCUCCAGAAGCGGCGAUGGACAGCGGCGGCGAGGAGCCCCCGGCGGACGACGACGAGGGGCCCGUGUGCGAGAUCAUCAACGACGGCGCCCCGGGCGUUCCUCAGAUCCCCGAGGUGCUGUGCGCGUACCCUCCCGGAGAUCGGAGGGACACACCCGGGGCUCGGUGCUCGCGCUGCGGGCUGCAGGGGCCGCGGGGCUUCGGGCUGGCAAACCAAUCCAAGUCCUUCAAGGCGAUGGGCAAGCACAUGAACGAGGAGCGGCAGGUGCACCAGCUUGGCUCCGAUGUGCUGGAGUCGGACCUGUACGACGCCGGAGUCUUUCCCUGCCCGCACAUCGAGAAGGACCACCCGCGCUGGGACGGCGUCGACACCGCGGGCAAGAAGUGGGAGGGCGGGCGCUCCGAGUUCCUUCGCCACCUGCACCAGUCGGCCGCGGUCGGGUCGCCUGCUCACUACUACAACUCCGUCUGCUACAGGAGCAAGAAGCAGACGGCGGACGGGCUCCGGACCAACCACAGUAGGUGGGUUAAGACGGUCCAGCGCGCGGCCGCCAAAGAGGCCAGCGACGGACGGAGCGCCGAGGAGCGCCUCAGGGCCAGGGCGGCGGCGGACGAGGCGCGGCGGGCUGCCUUCCGCGACCGCGGGUCGAGAUACCACAUAUCGAGCCCGGGCAUCAACUACGACUACGAGUGGCUCCGCCCUUGGGCCGAUGAUCCCCGACUCCUCGCCGCGUGUGCGAGGCGAGAGUACUACCACAUGCUUUACCACGCGAUGAAGUACCAGCGAGACAACAUGUCCAACCGCAACUGCGCCCUCGGCAUCGCUUUUCUCGCCCUCGCCAAGAUGGUGACCCUCAACCAUUUACGAGAGGGCGGCAAGGCACGCACGGGGCAGGAGAUCAAGGGGCGGGUGCGCAUGGUGAUGCAGGGUGGCCUGGAGCGGCUGGUCGAGGAGAUGCAGCAGGAGGCCGCCGAGGCGGAGGAGGCGAGGCGGGCUCGCGUGAAGCAGGAACGCGCCGCAGCAGAACAGGAGCAGCAGCGGCGGGCGGCGGCGGGCCUGCCGGCGACGGAGGGUGGCGGAGCCGGCCGCAGCGCGAAGGCGGGGCCUGACCACGACGCUCACCUCCUCGCCGUCGUCCUCAGCCUCGCCAACUCCGGCUACCUCUCAAAGGCCUGCGCGCGCGCUUUUCCACCAACCCGAUCGCCGACACGGGCCUCUUCGACGACGGACACGCAGACGGCACGCUCUCCGAAGAGCAGGCGCUGGCGCGCAACACGCUCCGCUCCCUCCAUCCUCAACGAGACGGGCCGCCGCCUCCCAGCACCUUCGAGCCGGUACCUGAGCCCCUCAGGCGGCGUGAAGCGCUACGCGACCAACUCCGCCGAGUACAGGAAGGCCUUCUGGGAGGUCUUCCACUCUGUCCCCAAGGCGCGCGCCAUGUCCGUGGACGGCGUCAGCUACGAGGAGCUCGAGUUCCUGCACUACUCGGGCCCGGAUGUGAGGGAGAUCCUGUUCGACAUCGUGGCCGCCCUUCCGGGCACCCCGUUUCGGUAG